AUGGUGAAGGUUUCGGAUUUUAUUUUCUUAUUGAUUCUGGCGAAGCCCAUUUUGUCAGAAUCAUUAAAAGAAUUGAUUGAGUUUUAUCAAGGACAUUACUACAGUGCCUCAGUUUUGGGACUGGUUGAUCUUUUGAAGCUGGAGCAAGAAUUUAUGGAGAACUUUACGAUCUAUACUGAUGCAUUACAGGAGAAAGUGGACAAUCUUAACAACUACCUAGAUGCUUUAAAACGUCCUAAUCACACGACCCACAAUGAGAGGGAGAAGUUCGUCUCGGAUCCGCUAAAUGCUUUUGGGCUAAUUAGAAGACUAAAUCAGGACUGGCCAAAAUGGCAAAACUACGCACAGAAAUCUGUCGGACUUGUACAAAUAAACGCAAUGGAGAAGAUCCUGUCGAAAAAACCAAAGCUCUUCGACAUGAACGAAUCACUAAGAUCCAUGCAUCGCAUUGAGGUAACCUAUGAUCUUUCAGCAAAAGAUAUUGCAAGGGGAGUCCUUCAAAGCACACAAUUCAACUAUACUCUUUCCGUUGGAGACUGUUUGGCAUUGGCUAACCAUACACUUGAAAUCGGAAAUUUAAACAGUUCACUUCAAUGGUUUCAAGAGGCCGUAAAACAAUUCCCAGAUAAUUAUGAGGAUAUCAGCAGUUCAUUAAAAGAAGACCAGUUGAAAGAGUUUGCUACAGUUGUAGCCACCCGCAGAAUUCAAAUGAUGAAUCAAUCACUAGGUAAUGAAACCCUUCAUAAGUUGGUAAGAAACCAGUUGCAAAAUCUUACCAAAAAAGAUAUGGAAAACUUUAUAAGCUCAAAACUUGUACAAUGGCAUAGAGGAAGUGUCAGCAAGUUGGAAAACGCGAACACACAAACAACUGCCCACAAUAUUGGAUGUCGAGGACUCUUUCCCAAGCGAAAAAAUCUCGUCUGUCGAUACAACUCAACCACAAACGCCUUUCUCAAAUUGGCCCCCCUAAAAAUGGAGGAAAUAAGUCGAGACCCCUAUAUUGUAAUGUACCACAAAGUGUUAUCGGACAGAGAAAUCGAGGAAAUGAAAGGAGAAGUUAAGGAAUGGUCGAAUGGCUGGACUGGACUAGAAGAGCCCAUGGAAAUUGUGUCCCUUGUCUAUUGGACAACGGACGAAUCUAAAUUCAGGGAUCGGAUCAAUCAACGCAUUUCAGACAUGACAGGCUUCAAAUUGGAGGAGUUCCCUGCCCUACAGUUGGCCAAUUUUGGCAUCGGUGGAUACUUCAAGCCACAUUACGACUAUUUUACAGAGCGCCUAAGAACACUCGAUGCCAACAACACCCUGGGAGAUCGAUUGGGAAGCCUAUUAUUUUAUGCUGGAGAAGUAUCACAAGGUGGGCAAACCGUCUUUCCCGAAGUUGAGGUGGCUGUGGAGCCCAAAAAAGGCAACGCUCUCUUUUGGUUCAACGAUUUCGACGAUUCUUCGCCGGAUCCGCGAUCCUUGCAUUCCGUGUGCCCUGUUAUAAUCGGUUCCAGAUGGACGAUUACCAAGUGGCUGCACCACGACCCCCAAGUAUUUGUAAAACCCUGCAGUCCGAGGAUUUUGAAGAGAAGCUCUUAGGGAGUAAAAUAUUCUUCAUCUUAAAAUAAAUGCUUGCAAAGGUGAACUAAUCAGUUAGUCAUGCUCUGCUGCUCUAAAGAAU